AUGGGAUCAGGAAUAUCCUAUGAUGGAGGUUUUUUGGCCUUAAACGGUGACGUCAUUGUUGUAACCAUUAAUUAUCGCUUAGGGAUUUUCGGAUUUCUGGCGUCAAAAGAUUAUAGAGCAAAGGGAAAUAUGGGAUUAUGGGACCAGAUUCUUGCACUUAAUUGGGUACGUUAUAAUAUCCAUGACUAUGGUGGAAAUCCAAGGGAUGUCACUAUCUUUGGCGAAUCAGCAGGAGGAUUCAGUGUUUCACUACUGGCCUUGAUACCUAACAACAGAGGACUAUUUCAUAGGGUGAUUAUGGAAAGUGGGGUUGCUAGUUCACAGUUUGCGACAGUGAACGCCUCCUUGUCUACAAUACAAACUGCAGAGAAGGUGGGCUGUGUGUAUAACACUUUAUCGUCCAAUGAUGCAACCUUUCUGCGAUGCUUAAGAAGUGUAGAUCCAAUGAAAUUAGUGAAUGCUACUGAUGAGUUCACUUCCGACUUAGGCCUUCGAGCAAUAUCGCGCGCAAUUUUCGCUCCCAUAGUUGAUGGAGAACUCUUAAGAAGAGAACCCACUCUUCUUUUACAAGAUAAAAGUUCUUCAGAAUUUACUUUCUUCCAGUCAUUGGAUAUAAUGAUAGGUAACUGUGAGAACGAAGGCUCUGUAAUAGUCGGUGCAUUCCCUUUCCUUCAAGAUGAACUAACCUUCAAUAUAAGCAUUGGUGUUCCACCGGUGGAAAUGUGUAAGGUAUUUCUACCCAAUUUAUUAAAUAAAAAAAUGAAUUCUAAUGCCCGAGUCUUCAAGGAUGUAUGUGACAAGUACACCGUAAAGGAGAAUGAUGUAGCAGAGCAAGGGCGCCAAUUUUUAAGCCUCAUUAGUGACUAUCUCUUUCUUAGACCAUCCACUUCAAUGCUGCUUGAACACUCUAACAAUGUCCAGGCAUCUUCUACUUAUCAAUAUGUAUUUUUUGAUGAACUUUCAUUCAUGCUUCCAAAUGCUCCUUUGUGGUAUCGUGGCUCUGCUCACGCAACGGAAUUAGUUUACUUGUUCUUCUAUGAACAGUUAGUGUCACAUGUUAAGUAUCCUGAAGGCGCCGGAAUAUUAGUAAAUCAAAUGAGGUCAUAUUGGACGAAUUUUGCCAAAACAGGAAACCCAAACGGUCCCGGACUUCCGGUUUGGUUGCCUUACGAUCGCAAUUCUAGUCAUCCUUAUAUGAGGCUGAGGUCACUAAAUACUGAGAUGAGGCAAGACUACAGAAAAGAGUACAUGGAGUUCUGGCUUCAUAAGAUCCAUAGAAUGUUGUUCGAAGCUGAUUGUGAUCAAAAUAGCUGUGCUUUACCUGUUAGCAACCACACCCUAGCUCGCUCUGAACUUUUGGACCAACUUGAAGUCACAUCUGAUCCCAUCCCUUACAGACUGAAGUCUUGUGCUGGAGUGACUGAGACAUCUGGGAGAAGAGCAGUGGGAUUCUGUAUUCAGUCUAUGGAUGGAUUUGUCUGUCAUCAGCUUCCGCCCGUUAUAGAGUGUAAUGACAUUCCAGACAACUUGAUGGAAAUCCCAACUCCAGAGGUUGCGCAUGCUCAUCCUCACUUACGGCAUAUUGCUAAGGAACUUGCCGCCCUAUGCAGAGAUGUUGGUAUACAGCUGCUGAUUGGCAGGGACUUGGUGGAUAUGCAUCAGGUGCAAGGCCAGGUGACUGGGCCCCCAGCAUCCCCCUUUGCACAGAAGCUCAGCCUUGGAUGGGUCGUAAUUGGAGAGGUAUGUUUGGAUGGGCAUCACAAGCCAAGUGAUCUCAGUGUCUUGAAAACCAAUAUUCAGAAUGAUGGUAGAGGGUCAAUAUUUACCCCAUGCCAGAACAGCCUUCAUGUUACGGUCCAAGGCCCCCUUACUUACAUGCCCCCUCAAGCUCAAGACUUCAAAGGUGAUAAUUUGUUUUACACUGACAGACAUGACAACAAGGUGGGAAAUUCUGUGGAAGAUCGCGAAUUCUUGUCACUAAUGGACCAGACUUUCCAGAAGAACUCUAGUGGUAAUUGA